GUAUGGAAAAUUUUAUAAUUUCCUCACGACUCGUGGCCAGGAAAUUUAUCUCUCACGAAUUCCUAUAGCCUAAAAUGUGAUCUUUCACCUCUGAUGAGUCACAUGACGCGUAACGAAAGAAUUUAGCCUCGUAUUUUUAUUAAUUCUGUAAUCGUAGUCAAGUGAAAAAUAAUAAUUGGAGUGGGGAUUUGAGUGCUCUUAAGGCGCAUGUCCCAGGGUCCGUCAUCAAUCGCUCACGUUCUCUCGACGAAAUACUAUCGUAAACCCGGCGUUUCCAAUUUUCCAGUAAUUUCUACGACUUCCAAGGGGAUGGGAAGUAAUUGAUAAAUUCGUCUGGUUUUUGUUUCGGUCUAUACGAUUUUUUUUAUCAGUUGUUUGGGGGUCUCCCGGGGCGAUAACGAGUGGACACUUGAGAUUAGAAGUAUUACAGGAAAGUUUGACAAAUCAAGAGCUCGAUUUCGAGGAUUUUCAGACGAUCUGCGAUGGCUCCGAAAGUUGUUGUUAAUUCACCGAAAUUGAAGUACACCGAGCAGUACAUCGAGGCGGAAUAUGAGUACCAGACGACGAAGGUGGACACCCUGGGUGAUGGAGACACCAUGACUGUGACACCCGGGUCGACGUCGCUCGUCAUCAGAACGGAGUCAAAGGUCCCGAAGUUAGGAGUGAUGCUGGUGGGCUGGGGAGGAAAUAAUGGUACGACAAUAACAGCUGCCCUUCUCGCCAAUAAAUUGAAACUCUCCUGGGAGACGAAGGACGGUUUACAAAAUGCCAAUUGGUAUGGAUCCCUAACCCAGGCCUCAACAGUCUGGCUAGGAACAUCCGGUGAUAAAGAAAUCUAUGUCCCAAUGAACUCUCUCCUCCCCAUGGUAGACCCUGACUCCAUCGAAGUCGACGGAUGGGACAUUUCGAAUUUAAAUAUGGCUGAUGCCAUGAGCAGAGCAAAAGUCCUGGACAUCAACCUCCAGAAACAGCUGGUGCCCCACAUGGAGAAAUUCAAGCCCAGAAGGAGCAUUUACUACCCCGACUUCAUCGCUGCUAAUCAGGAAUCACGUGCCAACAACCUGAUCCCCGGGUCGAAGCAGGAGCAGCUGAAUUGUAUCCGAAAGGACAUAUCAGAGUUCAAAUCCACUCGAAACCUAUCAAAAGUAAUAAUCCUCUGGACAGCGAACACCGAGCGUUUUUCCUCAGUGAUACCAGGAGUUAAUGACACAGCGGAAAAUCUCCUGGAGGCAAUUGCCUCGAAUCACUCAGAGAUCAGCCCCAGCACGAUGUUUGCUGUUGCAGCUUCCCUCGAGGGUUGUACUUACAUCAACGGCUCACCCCAGAACACUUUCGUCCCGGGUGCUGUUGAUCUCGCUUUGAAAAACAAAACUUUCAUUGCUGGGGAUGAUUUUAAAUCCGGCCAGACGAAGCUCAAAUCAGUCCUGGUGGAAUUCCUGGUGUCAGCAGGGAUAAAACCAGUGUCGAUAGCCAGUUACAAUCACCUGGGGAACAACGACGGUUUCAAUCUGUCAGCACCCCAGCAGUUCAGAUCGAAAGAGAUAUCCAAGAGCAAUGUGGUGGAUGAUAUCGUGGAGUCGAAUAAAAUUCUGUACCAGGAGGGAGAGAGGCCAGACCACUGCAUCGUCAUCAAGUACCUGCCAUACGUUGGAGAUUCAAAACGAGCGAUGGACGAAUACGUCUCUGAGAUAAUGCUAGGGGGUCACAAUACAAUUAUUGUUCAUAAUACGUGUGAGGAUUCCCUCCUGGCGAGCCCCAUUAUCCUGGAUCUCGUCGUCCUGGCGGAGUUCUGUGAGAGGGUCUCGGUGAAGUCCCAGGGUGGCGACUUCGAGAGGUUCGACAGUGUUCUGUCGUUGCUGUCGUACCUCUGCAAAGCUCCCCUUGUUCCCAGGGGUGCACCUGUCAUCAAUGCCCUUUUUAAACAGAGAGCUGCCAUCGAGAAUGUCCUCAGGGCGUGCCUGGCACUGCCUCCUGUCAAUCACAUGCUCCUCGAGCACAGGCUUCCAGUGGAAAUUAAAAAAUAAUUGCAGUAAGUAUGGAUUCCUGGUUCAGGAGUUUUGGGGCGUGUCGUUGAAUGCCUGGGGCUUGUCUCCAAAUUUUUUAUUAUCACGUAUUCAAUUAAAAUUUAACAUUCAUUAAAUUUUUUUGUCAAUUUUUUAUGGGAUUUUCAGAAUAGAGUCUUUAAAAUUUUGGGACAUGCCAGUUAAUGACACAACAGUAUUGCAUUCUGUUUAGUUAUGACUAGAUAGAGUAAUGAGAGUUUAUUGAUAAAAAUAAAAGUUUGAAUUGAUUAAUAAAUUGAUGAUUAUUAAUGGAUUAUUAACAGUAGAUGAUAAGUUGUCGUUUGAAUUUUAUUACUUUCUGUUUCUAGAUUUUUUUUUAAUGUAACGAGUAAUCAAAGUACAUGUACGCAAAUAGAGCUCUAUUUUCAUGAGAUAGUUGACGUUAUUUGAUGACCACGAAUUCGUCAUCGAUGUGAUAAUUUAAUGAAGGACCAAAUAUUCUCCAUCAAUUAUUCCCCACGCAGUAUCAAACUCCAGUAUUACCUAGUAUUUUUUACUGUUUAUCAAUAAAAUAUGGAGAUCUGUCGACGAUCGGAAAAAAAUCAUGUACUUGGCGCAUUAGUGGUGUUGAUAAUUAGCGGCUAAAAUUCUGUAGAUAUUAAUGUAUUCAUAAUAAAGAGAAUUUCAAAUG